CCUCAAUCUGUCCUGAGUGCUUUGCACAGCCCGGGUUUUCUUUGACAACUUCAUUGGCAUCUAUCUACAAUCUACACCCUGAUAUACGCAGAAAGUCGCAAUCAUGGUGCUGCACGGCCUUCUCCCAAAACCUCUCCCCGCAGACAUGCUAAUGGUCGGCCAACUCCUAACACACCCACUCCAUCCUGAACGCGAAUGCUUCUACUCCAACACAGCGCACGAAGAAGUCGACGAUCUCAACGAUUACCACAUCCAGCUUCGUUACAAGGAUCUCUACAGCAUCGACCAAGAAGGUCGAUUCCUGACUAACUAUGGAGCCAAGUUUGAGCUUGGGAGGAUAUACAGGCAGCCGAACCUGCUCACAGUCAAGGCUGAGCAGAUGAUCCAACGUACCAGCCAGAAUCCCACAGCAGCCUUCGAAGCUGUAUGUAACGACCCAGAGGCGCGCACCUGGAUCUACGACACAGUGAAAGCUGGCAAGCCGCUAUACAUUGUCUUGGGUGUUACGGAGCUGAAGAAUGCCGUCUUCAAGCGGGCGAAGCUCCAAGACUCAGGCGCGUCGAACCGCCUGAAUGAGCUGCCUAUCGAAAAGGGUGCUAAAGUGCCCAAGUCUUUGCAGAGAACCGCGUCUUCAGACUCGGGCCUUGGAGGAAUUGGCAGCGAGCCUCAGAUAUCUGGUGUAUUCGGCAUGGACGUUAGACGUGUCACGGCCAAAAUCACAACACCGGCCGAGCCUCAUAGCUUGUCUGACCUGAAGUACCGAUGGUUUUACUACGACGUUGCCGGCAGCGAGACUAAGGAACAGCUCAUGAUCGGUCUCGGCGAACAGCUCAGGGCCAAUGAGCUGCGACUGAUGCUUGACUUGUCUGAGGACGAUGUCCAAGGCAAUUUGGAGGCGAUCAGCAAGCUGAGCCUUGACGCGCUGAGCGCUGCCGCUAGUCCCAUGCUGCGCCCCAGCUCACCGGCUCUCCGAGGACGCUCGCCCUCCCCGAACCCAGCCAUGUUACGAUCUCAACAUUGAAACUUGAGGAAUUCGCAUUACAACAUAAUUACGAAGACACGACGCACACGACGAGGAGCGCAUACAGCAACUCUGCGCUUACACAUGGCAUAAUAGACUGACAGCGCCUUUGCGACGACAUCGACAUGAUAGCCCUACAUACCUUUUCUCCUCGACGCAUUGGUGCAUGACAGAUCCUCUCCCUCAGCCUGUGUUCAUCUACCCUUUUUGCCUGUUACACUCAUAGAAUAUUAUUUAUUACGACCAUUGCACUCACCUCUGUCAUCACUUGCUUUCUCACCAUUCACUCCACCGCUCUCGAAAGAACAUAUUUCAG